CGUUUCCUGUCGUGAGUGCGCGUCCGACGCUGGAUGUGAGCGCCACAGUGAGCUGUCUCUUCCCACAGAUCGAAGAUGGCGGUGUCGGUGUUUCCCGGCGUGCGGCUCCUCUCUAUCGGAGACGCAAACGGAGAAAUACAGCGUCACUCCGAGCAGCAGCCUCUACGACUGGAGGUGAAAGCCACACAGGACGCGGCCCUGAUCAACCUCUCCAACGCAGAAGAGACAUGCGUGUUCAAGUGUUCGGUCUCCCGGGACACAGAGUGCAGUCGCGUGGGGAAACAGUCGUUCAUCAUCACGCUGGGCUGCAACAGCGUCCUGCUACAGUUCACCUCACCUGCAGAGUUCUCAUCGUUCUAUAACCUCCUGAAGAACUGCCGCGGCCACAGUGGAGAGCAGUCGGUCUUCAGCGACAGGACAGAGGAAUCAUCCGCAGUACAGUACUUCCAGUUCUAUGGCUACCUCUCCCAGCAGCAGAACAUGAUGCAGGACUACGUCAGGACAGGAACCUAUCAGAGGGCCAUCCUCCAGAACCACACUGACUUCAAGGACAAGGUGGUGUUGGAUGUGGGCUGUGGUUCAGGGAUUCUGUCGUUCUUUGCUGCUCAGGCUGGGGCCAGGAAGGUCUACGCUGUGGAGGCCAGCACCAUGGCCCAGCACGCAGAGGUAACAGACACACUAAACUAUGUGAGUUGGUCUGUUCCGCUGCCCUCGGCCUGUGCCAUUCAGGAUAACGAGGGGGGGAAGGGGAGCUCCCUCUCAUGGCGUGUAUGUUGUUGUGUAUGUGUGUGUUUUUGUAGGUACACAGGCAGCACACCCACCCCCCCUCCUGGGUCGCACUACACCUCCCCCUCUGAGACCAUGUGGAACACUGGGGGGGCCUACAGCAUGAGCCAGGGCAUGGCUGUGUCAGGGAUGCCUACAGCCUAUGACCUCAGUACGGUCAUGGGCAGCGGCUCGACGGUGUCCCACAACAACCUCAUCCCCCUCGUGAACACAGGGAUAGUGAAUCACACCCACUCCAGGAUGGGCUCCAUCAUGAGCACCGGAAUCGUCCAGGGAGCUUCUACUGGCCAAUCAGGUCCUAGCAGCAGCAGCAGCUCUAACCAGCAGCAGCAGCAUUAUCCCGUCACCAACCAGUUCACCAUGGGGGGACCCGCCAUCUCCAUGGCCUCUCCCAUGGCCAUCCCUAGCAACACCAUGCAUUAUGGGAGUUAAGACCUCGUCACCCUUCACCUCCGAACCCCUGCAUGACCUCUACUAGCCCCUACCCCCGACCGGCCAGAACCAGAAUACCAAAACCAGUGCUGUCGUGUUGUCCCUUCAGCACCUUCCUUUCUCCUUUACUGUCCAUCUCUCUAUCACUGGAGUUAUUCUCUCAUAUCCGUCCCUCCCCGCUGCUCUCUCCGUUUUGAGAGCUGUUCCCCGUCUCCCUCCCUCCCUCUCAUCAUCGUGCAGCAGCUGCUAUGAUAUCACCAGUCCAGCCAGAGGGUGGCAGCACCUCUACGUUCAACUGACAGACUGAUCAGCACAAAGAAUUGGCAGUUUUUCUGAAUGGAGAGCUGAACUGAACUUUGUUUGACUGGACCUUUUCAUGCUUUACAGACACAUGUACACCUACACAUACACAUUCAACACAGAGACUUUUGUUGCAAAGAAUAACUCAUUGCACGACUGUACAGCAGGUAUCAUCUCCUUUUUCCGGGUUCCCUCCCUCUUCUCCCUUUUGGACAUUUCGCCUCCCCUAGUGCCAGUGCGAUGCCCCAUCCUUCCCCCUCCUCCACCAAACACUCGCAACCCCAUCCACUACAGCCAGUCGCUAUCCCCCCUCCCCUUAUCGCUGGAUUGGAUGUCCCCCACUACAGAUCUGCACUGAAAGGAUAGGGGGCUUUCCUGUACAGUAGAACACUAUGAACACCCCUCACUGACGCCAUUUUGUUUUCAUAUCGAGGAACUUCUCCACCUGCCUGUAGAGCCUCUCUCCUUAAACGGCCCCAUUCCAGAGUGAUAGCUAGCUCCCCCCAAGGUGUUUGUCUGGUCAUCCAUAGUGGUAGUCUUUAGCCUAAGUCUACUGGGCUAUCUCAAAAGACACCCUAUUCCAUAUAGAGUGCUCUACUUUUGACUAGAGCCACAUGGACAAAUGAAGUGCACUGUAUAGGGACUAGGGUGUCAUUUGAGAUGUAGCCUAGAUGUCAUUGUGUAGGAGAACCCUGUAAAACGGGAUCUUGAAGAACACCAACUCUGGAACUCUGUUAGAACCUCGCCAAUGAGCUUCGAGGACACAGCAGCAGACCCGGCCCCCCACUCCCCUUCAUAGCCAAUCGGGAUUGCAGUGAGCCGAUGGUAUUGGUGGAAGCAGGAUGAACCCACAGAAAGACAGACUGACAGUAUGGACCAAGGACACUGAUGUCGGCCGUUGGAGCAGCUGUAUCCUAGUUUACAUUCUUCCCCGGUUUCCUUUCCUUCAUUUUGAGAGUGCCGUUCAGACUGAGGUGGGGAGUUCGGGAUAGAGUCACCUCUUUCCCUAUGAUAUCCAGACUCUAACAUAUCUAAACCUCUCCUCCCUCCUUUCCCGGGCAAGUUGAUUGCCCAACCUUCAGACAAAGACUUAAUGGACAUGUAUGCAUUGCUUCCAGUCACAAUUUGUGGACUGAGUUUAAUUACAUUUUUUUGAUUUAGCAAGUUUUAUGAAGAGAAAAUGUCUUGCUAGUUUGUAGGGUUAACUUUUCAGUUGUCUUUAUUUGUUUUAUUUCUUUCACAGAAAAGCAACAAACAAAAAACAAGUAUAAAAGGAGUCAAUUAAAUGUUGGUGGAGAAGUCCCCCAAAAAAUA